CUCCGAGGCAGGAAACUCAUUGUGAUGAUUGCCCCGUUGACGAUUUCAGUUUGUUUCUUUUCUCGUCCUUCCCUUCUGAAACCCAGCAAACCCUGAGAUAUCGCUGCGCCAGCAUUAUGUCCACCACUCCGGAGCCGCCAGGAAAUGAUUCCAUCCUCCGACGGAACAAAGAUGUCCCACACUCAAGUUUGACUGAAGAAGAUGACAGUUUUGGCUGUGAUGCUCUGGAAUUAGAAGAUGAUGUCCCUGACAGAUAUUCCUCAUUACCUUCCUCCUCAUCUUCUCACCAUUCUGAAGGGCUGGAUCUAGAACAAGUCAACUCUAUUUUCAGAAAGUUCUCUCUGGAAAGAGCCCAGCAGCUUCUCCUAGUAAAACUCCAGCGACUCAUGAACAAAGGAAGCAAAGAAGAUAUAGACAGUGUCCAUGGGCUAUCACGAACUACGCUGCAACCAGACGAAGCUGCAUCUCCCAGUGAAUCCAAAACCAGCCCUCGUCUCUCCAGAGCCAGCUUCCUUUUGGGCCAGAUCUUGCAGAGGCUGCUGAAAACCAACGAGGUUUUCUUUUUGUUUUGUUUUGCUCUGAUCCAAUUCCUGGGUGAUUACCGCCAUUUGUACAUCCGUGGUUUAUCCAGCCCCUCGCAGGCCUUAAAGCUGCUACCGAAACCAGAACUGGAGGACGAAUUGCUGAGGACGUGUCGUCAGAACGAGAAGGAGCUGGAGGGCUUACCUUGCCUUUACGCCUCGUUGGAGACGGACUCCUGGAGCAGCCUGGAGGAUCUUCUCCGGAUCAUCAAGGAUAAAGUCUGGGAAGAGCAGCAGAAAACCAUCUGGGUUGACGAGGAACAAUUGUGA